UUUAUGAGGGUAAAUGAUCUUGUUGGCAGUUGUCGAAAUUUCUCCUUGGAGUGGGCGUGGCGGGAGUGAGUGUUCCUUGACAUACAUUUUGAAACGUGUAGAGCUUUCAUAAGGAGAAUUUUCCAAGAACGCAUAGACAGUUAGUUUUUACUUUAAUGUUGGUGUAAAAUUCGUGGUGAUCUUUUACCUGAACCAUGAACUCAACCUCGAGAAAAUCCUAAUAAUUUCCACUACAGCUGUUCAAAGCAGUCAAAAUAAAAACGUCGAAACAUUUGGGAAUACGAACACUUGCCUUGCCAGACCCUGCACGUGAUCACAGUUACGUCAUACCCCCACACAAGAGUUAGCACACUGAACACACCCAGCAACCCCCACUUAGCUCACACUAGCUGCCCACCUAGCAUCACUGCACCGCCUCGUUUUGACCACUGCCGCCUGUUAGUUGUCUUGGUGGGUGAGUGGGGACAGCCAGCAACCCCCACUUAGCUCACUCUAGCUGCCCACCUAGCAUCACUACACCGCCUCGUUUUGACCACUGCCGCCUGUUAGUUGUCUUGGUGGUGUCUGCUUGUGACGCCCUGAUGAUAGUCGCGGAUAACACAGUCUCAGUCCCUGCUACACUCCCUGCCUCUCUCCUCACCCCGGACGUCAACCACAAGCAGCCGCCGGAAGAGAAGAAAGCAGAUCCACGCGCACUGAGAAGAAAAUGUUGGGGUGCCAGACACAGCGUGGCCUUCCUGGCACUGUGUUGUGUCAUUCUGGACUUCAUGAUGCAGACGAUACUGUCAGUGACGAUCGUGGCCAUGGUGGGGCGGCGCGGUGUGAGUCAGCAGGAGACGGAGGAUGCGUGUCCCCUCCCCGACGGCCAGAACACCACUGAGGUCAUGGAGCCUGGGGAGUUUGACUGGGACGAGAAGAUGCAGGGGUUGCUCCAGGGCGCCAUGAACUUUGGGUGUGCCAUCAUGUCGCUGCCCAAUGGUCGCAUUGUGGAGGUGUACGGUGGGAAGCGAAUGUUAGGCGUGAUGCUGGCCUGCGCUAGUGUGAUGUCCCUGCUGUCCCCCGUCGCGGCCCGCAUGUCCAUCUGGGUACUCAUCGGCCUCAGGGUGCUGCAGGGCGUGUGUCUGGUGGGUGUACUGCCAGCACUCAACACAGUCAUCGUAGCAUGGUUCCCUCCUGAAGAAAGAGCCAAAUUCUUCGCCAUAAUUCUUACAGGAUUGAAUGUAGGAACAGUAACGUCCAUGGUAUUGGCGGGGUGGCUGUGCGAAUUAGAGUGGCUGGGAGGGUGGCCGGCGCCCUUCUACGUGGUGGGAGCCGCUGGGUUGCUGUGGAGUGUCCUGUGGCACGCCCUCAUUUACCAGACGCCCGAGGUACACCCGCGGAUAUCCAAGGAAGAGAUGCUUUAUAUAUUAGGAGGCGGGAGGAGGGCCAAAGAAGACCAGAAGAGGAAGUUCCCAUGGGCGAAGUUCCUCCGCUCCCCGCUAGUGUGGGUGCAAACGGCCACUUGUAUGGGGGACGUGUUCAGCCUGUACAUCAUCCUCACUAUGGUGCCCACCUACCUCACUAAUAUUCAGCACUUUGACCUCAGAAAUGCCGGAAUAGUGGCGGCCCUGCCCUACCUGCUGUCCUGCCCCGUGAGUGUGUGCUGGGGCCUGCUGGUGGGGUACCUCACUGCCUCUCGCGUCCUCACCAAGCGACGCAUCAAACAGCUAUCGACAGUUGUGGGGUUCUACGUGCCGACCCUGUGUAUGGUAGGAAUCUGCCUGGCGGGGUGCAGCAAGGACGUGGUGGUGGUGCUGCUCAUCCUGUCUGUGUGUGCUAACUCCUGCAAUUUCGCCGGAAUUUUCACUACCUACCAAGAUUUGUCCCCAACCUUCUGCGCCACCUUCAUGGGCUUCACCGGGAUGUUCUCCUCGAUUACUGGCAUGGUCGGCCCCGUGGUGACUGGACUGAUGAUAAAUGACUCGCAAACCCUCGGAGCGUGGCGCAAUGUCUUCAUCACCUCAGCAGUUAUCUACUUCGCCAGCUGCACCCUGUACCUUGCCGUCACUCCGAUGCGACAGCAGCAAUGGGACAGCCCGACGCCCCCGACCCCUUGUCCUCGUCCUUGCAUGUUCCCCUCCCCGGACCCUGCGCCUGCCAGGAAGUCACAGGAGUGUUAAAAGUGUGUUAACAGCUUAAUUGGUGAUGCUCACGGUAAGACAAGAUUUAGGAGCACUGCUUCCUCACCACAACUGUCUUCAAAGGUCGCAGAGAUGAUUAGCCAGGUUCUCAAGGGUGUUUCUCCUCUUAGCAGUGUAGAAAUCUUGUUAAUCUGUUACUAAAAGCGUGAAAGCAGUCCUUAAAAAUCCGUGUCACUUUAGCUUCAGUGAGUCUUUGAAAUGUGGUGGAGGUGCGGCGUAGAAGUGUUUAGGUAUAUGGUGCUAAGAUGCGAUUCAUGUGUGUGUGUGUGUGUGUGUGUGUGUGUGUGUGUGUGGAGGCUUGAAACAGCGUGAUGUGGGAGGCAGGCUGGUGGUGACUGGUGCCCCGCCUGCCUGCACCACACCACCACAUCAAUAACCUCCCUUGAAUCUCUCCCCUGCACCACAAUGGCCGGUGGUCACAAAGCCGCAGCGCUGGAUGAGACUGGAGAGUUGCUGCCGCUGUCUUUACCUGCAGAACAGCACGAUUCCACGCCGCCGCUCCGCCUCAGCACUCCCCUCGUCAGGCGACAGUGGUGUAGGGGCGGCGGGAUUCAGGGUGCCCUCAGUGUGGCUGGAAUGCUGUGUGGCAACAGUGAACUGGUGACGUGGCCCCGGGCACUUUCUGGGUACGUCAUGGCCUCGGGGCGCGGCGGCCUCCACCCCCUGCUGCGGGAAGGUCGUUGUGCUGUGCUGAGUGGCGGCACCUGCUGUAGGUGGUGGCGGGCCAGUGGCGGGGCGAAGCAUUGGCCGCAGGUGUGCUGUGGUGUUGCUGCGGGUUUGUUGUGACGCUGCAACACCGCACCAGCCACAAGUUGACUCAAGUUGACUGGUGACUUCCGGGCUGGCGCCCAGGGCCUGCCGCAGCCUUGCCUGUCUGUCUGUCACUCGGCGACAUGAUGAAGCAGCCAAGCCAUCAGUCCCGCUGGCUGCUGCUGCCUGCUGCUGCCUGCUGAGUGCCGCUCGUGUCGCCUCACCAGCACUGACAGUCACCAGCAGCGCGUCACCAGCCUGCGUGGAAUGGCUGGCGGGCCAAUAUUCAGAAACGCUUUUGCUGUCUUACCACUAACAUUUCCAAAGGCCACAGAGAUGACUAGCCAGGCUCUCACGAAUGUUUCUCCUAUCAGUAAUGUAGAAAUGUUAAUAUGCCCAAAGAAUCACAGAAACACCCUUCAGAAUCUGUAUCACUUUAAGUAGAGCCUAUUGAGAGUUGUGGAGGUGCGGCACAUAA